AUGGACCAUGGAGUCGCGUAUCAGCCCGAGGCGAUGUCGCCGGCGCACGCACAAGGACCUUCUGCAGGCCGACUGUCCAACCUCUUUUCAAAGUCGUUGCGCAAAGCGUCCUCCAGUCGUGAGCUGGCAUCGUCUGGUGGAUUCGGGCAUACUUGGCAAGGUGGGAGUGCAGGAAGAGGGUUGGACGACGGAGGCGUGCAUUCCAGCCCUUCGCAGGCAACACACGAUUCUCUCAGCCCGAGAAUGAGAAGUGGUGCGCUGUGGGGCGCAAGCUCGGCUGCCGGACGAAUCGCCGCGGGCGAACGAGGCUCGCAGGACAAAAACGACUUGUACGCCCAGCAGGACUCCAAUGGCGCUUACAUUCCUUACCGCGGACCGAUAUCGCCUCGCCCCCAAGCUGGCGAUGAUGCACACCCAUCUUCGUCUGCCGCAGCUUACGCUCGGGAACAAAGCGCAGCAGCAGCUCAAGGUCAAGGGAUUUCCGCCCUUCCUUCACCCGAGGUCGGGCCUUCAUUCAGCCAAGGGGCCUUCAGCCAUGCUUGGCAUGGAUUCCCUUCGAGCGGUCAUGGUUCGGGUACGCACCGUUACGGUCAAAGGCCGGACAGAGGACCUCAGGCAUGGCAAACCAGGUCGGAGUACCCAGGGAAUACGCGCGGUCUGGGCAUCGAACAUGCGAUCGCGCGCGACAAUCUGCCAAAGACGCUCAAGGGUGGCUCAGGCGUGGGGUCCGUUGGCAAAGAUGCCAGUGCUCGUCCUUCAUACUUGACCACGCCCCGAGGAAGCAAUACCGGAGACGCACCGAACAGGUCAGGAAAUGCGCUCUUGUCCCCGGGCCGCGAAGACUUCAAUGGAGAGCGCGUUGCGAUGCAAAUGGCCGUCGGCCUACCUGUGGCUUACACCCACGGUGGAAACACACCCAAGCUUCCAGCCUCACCACUGAAUCGCAGCGUUGCGCUGCCUGGUUUGCCCAGUCUGAUGAGAGCAGAUUACAGUCAGGCCGAACCACCGAUCAGAGCAGUCACUCGAAGAGAUCCGCACGCUGUCGCCUUUCCUGCUUCAGCUCCAGCAACGCAGACCAAGACGGACUUUGGAGAAGCGGCAGGCGAGCGGACUUUGGAUAGCGCUCAAUUGCGGCGUGGCGCAUCUGUCUCGUCAGGCGAAGGCGGCAGCUCGGGUGCAGCUUCCGCCACGUUCAAUCGGAGCACCAAUACCUCCAUGACCAGCCUGCGCGCGCCAUCCUCAGCGCUGCCGACCGCGAGCGGCAAGAAGUCGACGGAGAGCUUUUCGCGUGGAUCUCACUCAGCAACUCCCGAGAGAGCCCACUCCGCGCAGUCUCGCACCCAUGCAAGACCCAGAGCUGUCACCACUAACUCGACCGCGGCCUCUUCGCAGCGCAGCCUUCGAAACACCAGCUCUGCGUCCUCGUCUCAUCCAUCGCCAAGCGUUGCCCCGUUGCGGAUUCGUCCUCGGGCUACUGAUGGCGGCGGUCCAGUCGCACGUUCUCAGAGUCAGGAUACAACUCCUCCUCAGCAAGGUUGGUAUAACAACCAACCAUUGCUGUCACCAAUCGCAGCCUCGACGCAGAGUGAGGCCUCACCGAGUUCACGCCGCGAGACAACGAGCUCCGCACGGCCAGAAGCCGUGGGCCCGGUGCCUCAUGGCGUCUCUGCGGCGGAAGCGAAACGGAGAUACCAUCUGCUCCAACAGCUGCACCUGGAUGAAUUGGAAGCUCAUGCACCGGACGUCACCGGGAUUCUGGAUGCCGACAAUGGAUGCGAACGCAUCUUGAUGCCGAGACCGCGGUUGAUCAGCAGGCAAAGUGCUGAUGGGUGGGAAAGGCACGAAGCGACAAAGCAUGCCGCCUUCGAGCGCAACCGCCGAGCCCCGCAGCGGAGCUCGAGGAGAACGGAAAGCCACCCGGACUUGCGCGCGAGGGACCAAGCACAUGCGCGCAUGGCUUCGGUGAUCGCCAAGUCUGAUUCGAGCCACCGCGGGCACGACGAACGGGAUGUUGAAGAUGUGGCAGACCGUCCAUUCUUCCAUCACCGCAUGCCACCUAAUGCUCCUGAAGGUCCGGCCAGACAUGCGCAGGAACCCCUCGGUAGGGUGCAACGCAGUCCCCUGGAGACUAGACGCGCAUUCCCAGGGGAGCCCGAGACUCCCGAUCUAGCGCAAGUCAUUGCGGAAGGGAAAGCGCUCGAGGAUGACCGAGAGCGAUGGAGAAGGGAGUUUAAGCGCAGCAUUGGAGGCAACGAGUAUGCUCGCAAACGUACCAAAAGCCGUGAGCGCGAAAGGAAGCUCAGCGCAGGACCAACUCCGGCUAGAAGCCGUCGCCUGACAGCCCUUUGGGACGAUCCUCAGGCAAGACCUCCCAUGCCCAGUGUUCAUUUCAACAGCUUUGUCCAAGAUGACAUGGCGCUUCAAUCGAAGUCGGCUUCGGCUCAAAAAGACCUCGACUUGGGCCCCGCUCGACAGCGCACUAUACGCUAUGCACGGAGCUCGCCGCAACUGCGCUCGGAUGCGUUUGAUGGGAGCACGUCGCCUCCGAGUCCCACGGUGCCGAAUAGCUUCACCGCUAUUUGGCGUCCAUGCGGGCGUCAAGCGGACGCAGAUGUCAGGAGACGUCAAAGCAGCCAGACGCGUCCAAUCGACGAGGCCGCUCUGGAGAUUGAAGGUGAUUUGAGCCGCGCUGAAAAGAGAAGCAGCCUUGCGAGUAGCUGGCUUGGAAGACGGACCCGGGCGAUGAGCUCAUCCGCAGCCUCGAAGCGCUCAUCUGUACCCCAUCGAGAGCACCACAGGGUCUCAUCAGCAAACCUCGCAAACCAGCGCCGCAUGCGCCGCAGCGGCUCAUGGGACGCCAGUAUCGCAGAUGAGAAGCGACCGCCUCGCCACCUGCAAGCCGGUCGUCGCACUAGCUGGAGGCCUGAGAGUAGAGAACGACCAUCCUCCAGAACCGCUUGGCAGCCUACUCUGGUCUCUGAUGAUCCUGUCGUCAUCGGGCACUCUACUUCCCCCGGCACUACCAGUUUCCGCUUUCCAGGGGAGCCGCAACGGGCACCUGCGGACGCUAGUGCGACCACUUUUGGGGUCGCACUAAGCAAUCCUCGACCGACGCUGGACUACAGCUCGGCUCGCGACGGUUCAGCACCGAUGCGACAAGGCGCACAUGCCACGUCUCCGACCUAUCAUCGGCCCAACAACAGCGCAGAUCUACGCGCCAUCUUGGACUGGACACAAAAGGACUCGCUUGACAGCUCUAUGACGAUCAGCUCGACUAGGAACACGAGCAGCACCGAGGUGCCAACAGCACCGAAAAGGUCCAGCAGUCUCAGACGCAAAGCUGCAAAGGCCGCUAUAAGCAAGCCACUGCCGCCAGUGCAGCGCGAAGGCCAGUCGUCCAUGGAAGCAUUCCUGAACGAGCUUGCUCAGCCAGCUGAGCCUGGACAGUCGUUGUCGGUGCCGCCGUGGAGAGUCAAGUCCAUCAGCAAGCACGGCGAUGCACAGGUCAGACCAGCUCGUGCAUUGGAUGAGGGUGCUGGGACAGGUGCAGAAACGCAAGAAGCUGGACAACCCGCAAAGGGCCGCUUCGGUACUCCUUUCAACAGCGAAAGCAAUUUCGUCAGAGCUGGCCUGCUCGCAACGCCUCGCUCUCCGACUUCGCCUCAGGAAUUCCAUACUCCGGAGCUCGGAACGCCUUUCCAGGCUGCAGAUACAGACGCUUCCUACUUCGGCACCAGGUCGCAAUCCAAUCCAGGCGAAUCUCCCAUCGAUAGGCGUGACGCUGAUGAAGAGCGCGAUAUCCCAUCUCACCUGCGCUCGAGCUCGUCCGGCAUGCACGGGACAGAGCUGCUUGCGACCUCUGCCAACAAUGCGUCCGCUGCUGUGCCCAAUCGUCGUCUCAGUCACUCUACGCCAUCAGACUCCAGUCACUCUGCUCGAAGCAUGGCACCGCACGAACUCUGGACCGCCGACGACACGACCGAAUCUUUCGCCGAGCUAUUCGUUAGACGUCCGCAGCAGAACGCGCAACACCAAGCGACGCUCGCACCUCAGGCGGUGCAUGAUCGUCACCGUACCGUCAGCUCUCACUCCAACAAGAGUCAGGGUGCCGAGUCGGGAGAACUGGAUGUUGUGGAUUUCAACAGGUCCAGCUCCGGCAAGAGCUCUCGAUUUCCAUCGACUUCGGGAGAGAAAGGUCGACCUUCUGUUGCGUCGCGCACCAUCGACUUUUCGGACGCCGAGCCGCUUCCGCAAACCAUUGACAGCGUGUACAGCCAGGAAGACAACGAGCAAGCGCCAGAUGAGCUCGUUGAUGGCUCACGACGACCGCCUUCUCUGGAUAGCGCACUGAGCCAGUCGCAAGGCGUGUCUUCGCUCGUAAGCCCUCGUGUCUGGCCUAACACGCCUCCACGAGAGCCUCACAGAAGGUGA